AUGACGUCAAUCCCAACCUCAACCUCAACACCAUCAGCACCAGCAUCAGCACCACCAACAUCACCACCACCAACAGUCUACACACAAGGCCACAGCGCCAGCGUCCUCGCAUCGCAUCUAUCCCGCACCGUGGAGAACUCGGCAUCAUUCCUCCUUCCGCACCUCAAGCCCGGCUUCACGGUCGUCGAUCUCGGCUGCGGCCCGGGCACGAUCACGCGCGGGUUCUGCGCCCACGUGCCGGGCGGAAAGGUGAUUGGGAUCGAUGCGUCGGCGGAGGUGAUUGAGCGGGCGAGGUCUCUCUUGAGUGCGAGUGCUGAAAUGGAACAAGAUGCAACCUUGAACUCAGCAAACGAAGAUGCAACCUUGAAAUCAGCAAACCAGGACCCCGCCAGCCUUGAAUUCCUAGUCGCCGACGUCACCGCCCGGCUCCCGUUCCCAGACGCCUCAGUCGACGUGGUCUACACGCACCAGACGCUGCUGCACAUCCCGGCCGCAGAGCGCGUCGUGCAAGAAGCGUACCGCAUCCUCCGGCCCGAGGGAAUGCUCGCGAUGCGCGAAGCGCUUGCCAUCACGUUCCUCCCCGCCAACGCCGGCACACUCGCCUACGCCGAGGGUCUGGACAAAGCGGUGCGCGACACAGGUGCGUCUGGGUUCCAGGCCGGCCGGACCCUGCAUCUGUGGGCCCUGCGUGCCGGGUUCGACCGGGCUAAAAUGCAAGUCGGCGCCGGCGCCAGUUGCUAUGCCGGCCCGGGCGGUGACGCUAAAUGGUGGGCGGAUCUUCAUGCCGAGAGGCUCGAUGGCGACGUGGGCGCGAGAUGGCGCGAUUCCGGCGUCGUCGAUGAUCAACGCGCCAUCGAGGACAUGAAGGCCGGCCUGGCUGCUUGGGGGGGAUGUGAUGAUGCUUGGGCCUCGGUCAUGCAGGGAGAGGUCAUCUGUUGGAAAUAG